AUGCUGCUCAGCGUUCCGGGGAAAGACAGGGGGCCAGGCCCCAUGUUGUCAUCAGCGGCUGAAGGCUGCUACCUUCAACAUAUUCUGGCCAUGCAGCCACUUACGUCAGCUGUAGAAGCAGAGGCCAUGGAGGUGGGACAGGCCACCACGCUCCGGGACUCCACCUGGACCCGGCGGGCUCAGCAUCAGACUGUCCUAUCCAUCGACCCAGAUGACCUCUCUGCCGCCCCCACUGCCCACACGUGCAGGGCCCGCCCCUCCGGCAUCCACAUGGGCCCCUAG